GGUAAAGCUACCUGGAGACCAGGUAACAACUUUCAGUGACAGUAACCACGAAGACACCAUGACGCGACCAUCUCCACCUUUUCGGUGCUACUCUCUUGGUCUAAUAUCUACACUCUUCCUCGUCUUCGCAGCACAGCUUUGCAAUGCCGCCUACUAUGGAAAGUUGUUAGGUAAAUUAUCUGAACUCAAUCAUGGUGUCAGUGGUGAAGUCUAUGCAGUUGAUGGAAGGACCCUCUUAAUCAAAGACUUCACAUACGAUGGAGAAGGCCCAGCCGCCUUUUUCUAUGCUGGAAACUCAAAAACUCCGGGUAAUAAUGGAUUCAGAGUUCGGGACGAGCGAGGAACGCCUAACGUUCUAAAACGAUACCGGAAGAAAGACAUCACUUUAACACUUCCGGAAGGAAAGACCUUGAACAACAUCAAGUGGUUUGCCGUAUGGUGCGACGAAUUCUCUGUGAAUUUCGGUGAUGUCAAAAUACCACGCGGAUUUGACUACCCAAAGCCCCAAAAACUGGCAAGUUUGAGUGGAAUCCACGGGGUUGGCUCAGAACCAGUAGUCAUCGUUGAUGCACAGACGCUCUUGGUUCCCAGUUUCAGCUACGAUGGUGAAGCUCCAGAUGCGAAAUUCUGGGUUGGUGCCGGACCAAAUCCCUCGCCCCAGGGUAUUCGAAUUCCUGAUGAAAAUGGAAAAGAGCAGCCUCUUCGUCGAUAUGAUCAUAAAACGAUCGUGCUGACCUUACCCGGAGAUUUGACCGUUCACCAACUCGGCCAUUUUGGAGUUUGGUGUGAGGCUUUUGCUGUUGACUUUGGCCAUGUGCAAAUUCCGCAGAGUCUCAACGUGCCACCUUCUCUUAAGAUGCUCGGAGUUUCUCCUCAGUCGAAACUCAACUGCGAAGUUCUGGAGGACAGUCUGGCUUUUGAAGUUCGAUGGGCCGUUGCCGGGGACAGCAUAGUCAUUCAACUUGUCGGAAAGCUGGAUGAUGGACAAUAUAUGUCUUUUGGUGUGUCUCCAAAUCCUGAAAGGAGUGUCAUGGUUGGUGCAGAUGUUGUAGUUGCUUGGGUGGAUAAACAAACUCUUCAAGGAUAUGCCGUCGAUUACAUUCUGGAUUCCAAAUCGCAAUGCUCUGGGGGACGUGGAAGCUGUCCAGAUACACGAAUUGAAGAUAACACGAACUCUGUAAGGCUCCUGAACGCAGCGAUGGUGAAUGGAUACAGUAUCGUGACGUAUCAGAGACCCUUGAAGGCCAUCGAUGAAUUGGAUCGGCAGAUUAAAACUAAUGGAUCUCAAGCGAUCGUCUGGGCAAUCGGCCCUCUCAAUGAGAGAAACGAGGUCAGCUUUCACAGCGAUUACUUAAAAACUGAUCGCUUCAUCGAGUUCGGCAGACCACCUGCUUGGAAUUGUCCCAUGCCAGAUCAGGAACAGGCUCGACCAUUUGGUGACAAUUCUGAUAAGGGUAGUUCCAAUAAGGAACUUGUAGCGACUACUAGACGACCACAGCGACCACCUGCAACACCUGCACCAGCCCCUAAAAAUGACGCUUGGAUUAUUCCAGAUAUUCAGUGCUAUGAACCGGAAGAUGGUGUCUUUUUUGCCCAAAUGGGACCCACUGGUGGAAGUCAUGGAUAUCCAGCAAUCACUGGACACGUUGGCUGGGGAAUAUCAUGGUACAUAAAUGGACUUCUGAUUCCCGAAAUCCACGUUGUAAGAGGCAAGAAGUAUAAUUUCGUAGUAGAGGGUGGUCAAAAUCCAGAAACACCUGCUCGUUAUCAUCCUUUCUACAUCACUGAUGACCCAGUCGGUGGAUAUCAGCACAAAACUCCCGAAGAACGAUCGAAAGUGAAAAUCUUUGCCGGAGUUCGCCGUCAAAGAGGUACCGUCAGGCCAACUGGAAUUGGUCGACUUUGCAACUGGGUGCCAGACCAGAAUCAACCACCGGCUGAUGAGUUUGCUUCCUUUGGAGCUUAUCAAAGAACUUUGACACUCGAAUGCGAUGUUGGGGAACCUGGAAUCGUAGAGUGGACGCCUGAUGAAAACACACCAGACACUGUUUACUACCAGUGCUUCACUCAUCGCUAUCUGGGAUGGAAGAUCCACGUCCACGACAGCUGUGACUCCAACGCAUCAGCAGCCAGUGAAGUCCGAGAGUCCUACGCCGACUUGGAAGCCGAGCCAGAAGAAGUAUCCGACCUCAAGGGUGGCGCUAGUAUUCGAGUUUCGAGCAAGGUAACCCCCGCGCCAGAGUUCUUCCAAGAGCAUCAAGAAUACGCUCAAAAUUAUGGUCAUCGUCAUCAUUCUCAUCAUUCAGCGACUAACCCGAACAACCUAGGUUCACAUCCAAUGCAACUAACACGCACGCAUGUGCCCUAUGAUCAUCGUGAUACUUACGAGCGCUUGCAGUUACCAUCAUACGGGAAUCAUGGCCAUAAACCAACGUAUAACCCUUCCGCCACCGUGAAUUAUCAUCAUGUUAAGGAUAUGCGUAACUCGCUUCCUUAUCCGCGUUUGAACGAGGAACCCUACCCUUCCUCUCAUUACGGUGAUAAUCAAAGUCCAGCCGAACCAGGACCUCCUCCCGUCGCGUACGCGCAUCCUGGUCAUUCGGUCAUGGAACCGGAACAGGAGACCCAUUCCUCUAACCAACAAUCUAAACUCAUUCCAGAUUCACGACCCGGCGCGUACAUGAGCUACGGGACUAUCAAAUACCCCUAUCCCCUUCAGGAACAACCGCAGCAGACGAUCGUUUAUUCCAGACCACAACAACACGCGAUCUACCAUCAGCCACAGAGAACGCAAAUGAUGAUCAUCAGAAGACCUACACAAGUUCGUCGUCCUGUGCCAGCUUCCAUGAUUGCAAUGAACGCCCCUACUAUGACCGUACAUUCCAGAGCACCGAUGUUCAUCGAAAGGAAAAAAUCCGUCUACAGAAACCCCAACAUCAGGAUGACACCAGGCAAACACAUCCAAGUCACUAAACUGAUGAAGAUCGACCUUAAGCGAGCUAAAAUCGAAGCCAAGGUUUCAGAAGCAGACCCAUCCGCUAGCAUCUCCUCUACUCUUCUUGGACCCAUGAAACCAGCCAGGAACACAGGUUUCAACCCAGACUCUAUUGUCAUCGAAGGAGGCUUCAAACCGAUUUUGAAGAGCAUUGAACAGCCAGAAGCUCAAGAACGGAAUUCUGAAAUCCAACAAGAUGAACCCCCCAGAGAAACCCCCGAGUACAGAUCUAUCGACAAUUUCGAACCCAUGUUCAUUCCUUCUCCUCCUGAUCGCAACAGCAGCAAGAAGACCAAGAAGCAGAAAAAUCGCUCCAAAGUUCGAUUGGAUGACUUAGAUGACAUGGAGAUGGCUGCUGAUAGACUAGAUUCAUACUACUUACCACCAAACGCUGCUACAAAGAUUGACGACCUAACUGAUGCUCUCGUUGCUUACGAUGGAAAACGAAUCAAAGACUCGAAUCUUGCACGAUCUGUGCCCAAAAAUUCAGAACGACCCAGAAAAAAAUUGACUUCAGAUCUACUUAGCAGAACUCCACAGUUUGGAAGAUUUAGGGGAGAUCUACCACCAGUAAUUCCUGGAGAAGUUAGAACCGAGGACCUUGCUCAGCUGGAAAAAAGGAGAGUUUCUUCGAAAGAAAUUUCGGUUCCAGAGCUUACUUCAAUCACUCAUAAUCACCGACCAGGGAAUACAAAGUUGACGUUGGUAGAAAGGACGAAGAGGUCAGCUCAAGAUGAGAAACAUAGUUCGAGCCCUGUGCAAAAUUAUGAUCGCAAUGGGCACACGUAUGAUCAUACUGGUUAUGUGCAAGAUCAUGAGGAUUUUAUGCAUGAACAUAUUGCACAAGAUAACAAUAACCAUGAUCAUAUAAAUCAGGAGCAUAGCAGUCAUGACCAUAGUAAUCAUGAUCAUAACAAUCAUGAUCAUAACAGUCAUGAUUACAACAAUCAUGAUCACAGCACUCAUGAUCAUAGUAAUCAUACAAAUCAUACUGGUCAUUAUCAUAAUCACGAUCAUAGUGGGCACAAUCACGAUGACGAAAGUUCUGCUUUAGCCAGUGCUGGUCAAAUGAUUAUCACUAAUAUUGAAUAUAUCGUUCUAACAGCCAUUUUGUACUAUGUAAUUUGAUUUCAUUAGAUUUAUUCUACUAUGAAGUGAAAAUUGUGUAUUUCAGUAGAAAGACUCUUAAAUGACUGUCUUCCAAUAAUCAAACGUCUAAAGAUUUUGUAGAUACUAAACGUUAGGAUCCUCAUCAAAAAUGAUUUUCCUGCUUCUUCUAAAAUUACUUUUGAAAAUAUUUUGUAACUCUUUCCAGAUUAUUUUCAUUCCAGAUAUAUUUAAUCAUUAAGAUUUUUGUCGAGCAUCUUGCUCAAACUAUAACUUUCGGUAUAAGUAAUAUGUAUAAUUAGUUCCUGUUUUCAUUUUAUUCAAAAGAAGAUACCAAUAGCUGGAAUUUUUACCCGAAGUAAGAAUCAAUCGAUCGAAUAGUCUCCAUUUUCCAUGAAGCCUCUCUCCCCACACUCAACUCACUCCUCUCUUAAGAUAUUUACAAUAGACUUGAAAAAUAUUUUGAACGAUGCGCUACAUUCUAGCCUGCUGAAGUUUCUAUAAAGCAUUUUUCUCGAACGGAAAAAAAUACUCCUAUAAAUCCUCGACAGAUUUAAGAACUGCCUUAUUUAUCAACCAUAGAAUGUAAGUAUAGAUGUAGCUCUUAGGAAAUAAAAAAGGCAACCUAUCAGAUGGUGCCACUGCGUAUUCUCCAUGACUCAGACGAGUUUCGCUUAACAUAUACCUGCAGAGGCAACAAUUGCUCAUUAAAAGAAAAAGAAAGUUGCUCCCCUUAACUGUGAAAAAAGGUAUAUACAGCAGUGAAAUAAUAACGAACCACGUACAAAUUAGGCGAAGUAAACCUAUACUUUUAAGACGUAGUUCUGUAACAGGAAAUUGUUAAGUUUGCAGACGCACGUGUACAUAGGUAUAAUGUAUUGUUAAUAAAGCAGAAAUAAUACGAAA